AUGGCGGAAGCUCUCGGGCUUGCCGCGAAUAUUAUUGCAGUCGUCGACCUGUUUCUUAAACUUGGCGUGCUCUGCUCCGAGUACUGUAUCGGGUUCAAGCAUGCGCCACGCGAGAUUAAAGAUCUUCUCCGGGAGGCCGACCGCUGGGUGCUAACUCUACGGGAAGUCGAAACAGUUCUUGAUGGCCCCAACGCCAAUACGGUCAAAGCUUCGAAAAGCAUCCGGCAGGGGGUUGAGGAUUGCCGAAUGGAGCUCGGUAAACUAACUGCCAAACUUCAGGAGGGCACCGGACACAGACGGAUCGUGUGGCCCUUCAAAAGGACGGAGGUUGCCGAGACAGUUGGUCGGUUAGAGAGGCACCGGACGUCGAUAGCUACGGGGUUGUUAGUUCACCAAACUACCAUACUUGUCGACAUUCACCAGCAAAUCAUCGAUUCAAAGCUGCGCGUCGUUCCGCGAGCAGCCUACGAUUGCCAUAGCGAUGCCGACAGCGCAAGGUGCUACCAAGGCACUCGAGUUGAGAUACUGGCAAAUAUACAAACCUGGGCAAAUGAUGUUGCCAACGACUCGAAGCGCAUCUUCUGGCUUAAUGGGAUGGCUGGAACCGGGAAGUCUACAAUUUCCCGGACGGCUGCCGAGCGUUUUGCGAAAGAUGGAAAGCUCGGCGCAAGCUUCUUCUUCAAGAGAGGCGAAGGCGACCGCGGGCACGCCAGGCUCUUCUUCCCUACCAUUGCUGCCCAACUUGCCCGCCAGCUCCCACAAUUAGCGCCGCAUAUCCGGCAGGCGAUUGAGACCGACCCUUCCAUUUGUGAAAAGUCAGUCAAAGAGAGCUUUGACGCUCUUAUACAAGGCCCAAUCAACCAUUUACCGAGUUGCUCGAGCUCAACGAUAAAGAUCAUUGUUGUUGAUGCGCUCGAUGAGUGUGACAAUCUUAACGUUAUCCAGCAGAUUCUCUCCCUUCUCCGGCACUUAAGACAGCCGCAGUCAAUACGCCUGAAGUUUUUCUUGACAAGCAGACCUGAGCUUCCUAUUCGGAUCGGUUUUCGGAAUAUUAAUAGUCACCAUGAUCUAGUUCUUCACGAGGUUCCCCGUCGUGUUAUCAAACAUGACCUUAGUCUUUUCUUUAAGCAUGAACUCUCAAACAUUUUGAAUGAUUACAAUAAGUCUGUUUUACCUGGGAGGAGCUUACCUCUUGACUGGCCUGGAGAAGAAAACGUCCGCAAAUUAGUUAGCAAGGCUGUUCCCCUGUUCAUCUUGGCUGCUACCAUUAGCCGCUUUAUCCAGGAUCGAAGACUUGGUGGACCACGAGAACAGAUCCUGAAGGUCCUGGACCAUGAAGAAACAUACUUUUCCGGAUUAGCUGCCACCUAUAGUCCUGUCCUAGACCAGUUGACUGUAGGGCUAGACAAGUUAGCGAAAGAGCGAGUGGUGGACAAGUUCAAGGAUAUUGUGGGGUCUAUUGUUAUUCUUGCCAGUCCGCUCUCAGCCCAAUCGCUCUCCAACCUUCUUAAUCUUCCCCUCGACACGAUCGAAAAUCAACUCGACCUCCUCCACUCCGUUUUGAAUAUCCCUCCAGACCCAACAGCCCCCGUGCGACUCCUUCACUUGUCCUUCCGAGAUUUCCUCAUCAGCCCCGACCAGGAUGGACAUACAUUUUGGAUCGGAGAGCAAAGAGCCCAUUAUCAUGUCGCUGUCCGAUGCAUAUCACAAAUGGACAGUGGACUUGAGAAAGACAUCUGCCGCCUACAACUCCCGGCAGCGUCUCGGGCUGAUCUUGCUCAAGAGACAAUCGAUACGCGUCUAUCUCCUGAAGUUCAGUAUGCCUGCAGGAACUGGAGCUAUCACUGGAAAGAAAGCAAGCACCGUUUACAGGAUGAUGAUAUUGUCCACCGCUUCUUGAUCCGACAUCUUCUCCACUGGCUUGAGGCUCUAAGUAUCCUGGGACACGUUCCAGACGGUGUUGGUAUGAUACAAGAUCUGAUCAAUUUACUCGAUAUAGAGUCAAGCACAGAAAUCCGGGCAUAUCUCCACGACAUUCGACGUUUUAUACUCAGCAACCGCGGAGUCCUUCACGACUAUCCGCUUCAAAUAUACUCGUCGGCCCUCAUCUUUGCCCCUGAGCGUAGCAUUGUUCGGAAUACCUUCCGGAAUCAGUUUCCAGAAUGGGUUUCUCAAUUGCCCAAUGUUACGCCUAAUUGGGACCUCUGCUUUGAGUCGCUUUCCGUACCAGGCGAGGUGAUAAUGUGCCACGUCUUCUCCCAUGACUCAACCAUAAUAGCGUCAGGAGCGGGCAAUGGCAAAAUAAGGUUAUGGGAUGUGGCCACAGGACUUGGUCAGAAUGUCCUUACCGGGCAUGCCGAUGUGAUUUUGGCACUCUCUUUCUCCCAUGACUCAAAACUACUUGCCUCGUCGUCGGAUGAUAAAACCAUUGGACUCUGGGAUGUCGCCACAGGUGUCUGUAAAACGAAAUUUGAGGGGGGAACAGCACAAGUGGCCUUCUCUCACGACUCUCAACUACUUGCAUCAGUCUGGGGUCCAACGAUCACUAUAUUCGACGUCAAAACAGAGACCCGCUAUAGAACCAUGGAAUGGAAUAAUGCUAAGGCAGUCGUCUACUCACACAGCCGUCUCGCCAGGUUGCUGGAAUUUUUGGACAAUUCGAGAAUGCUUGCCGUGUCUUACCGUCAUGAGGUCAAGAUUUGGGAUGUAGCGACGGGAACUUGCAUUAACUCCCUGAACAUGGGCUUCCAUCCGCAAUCCAUGUUCUUCACGGACGAUUCGAAAGUUCUUGUUGCUUCGAGAAACUCUCUUGUUAAUAUCUGGGACGUCACGAGCGGCACCCGUGUUAAGAAGUUGGAAUUGAAUCCAGCAUGGGUAGUUGCGAAGAACUCUCAUUGUGUUCCGAAAGACCCUUCCGCAUCGCUCAAAGCGCCCCUUACCUGGUUUGGUUCAUCAGACUGUAUGGCAUUCUCUCCCAAUUUAAAGAAGCGUGUCCUAGAUGCAUCUGGACACCUUGUAGCACCAUGGAUGGCGGCUUCGAACUAUGGAGCGCGGAUAUCGGGAGGCGUCAGCCAUAUGAGUUUUUCUCAUGAUUCCAAGACGCUCGCGGUGCGAACACACGGUUUUGGGCUUGAGAUGUGGGGUGUUGCCGAACCAGGACUCGAGGGAGCAGGGGGGCGGGCUGGUGAGAGCCUAAACGAUGCUAUUCUCAAGAUCGGCAUCUCGCCGAAUUUGAAACUUCUCGCAUCGGCCGGAAUAUCAAAACUCAGAGUUCAAAAUAUCUUCACCAACACAACUGUGCUCGAGUACCCGCGUCUGUGCCGUCAAGUGGCGUUUUCAAGUGAUUCGGGUCUUAUGGCAGUCUGCUUCGUUGACGAUGAAGGAGCGAAUAGAAUCGGAAUUUGGGACGUCGUAAGCGGCGGCUGUGUUCACAUUUUCGACGACCGAUUCGAGAGCGAGGUUUCUAGGCUAGAAUUUUCACACGACAGGCGUUUCCUAGCCGGCUACUAUUGUAACACUGCGGGCGAGUAUCCAUUUCUCCUUCUGGAUCUUACAACAUGGGCUUCUAUGCGAAUAUUCGAGGGUGAAGAUUGUGGAAGCGCCCUCAGUACAUCCUUCAUAUUCUCCAGAGAUUCGGAACUCCUUGCCCUGGCGCAUAGCCCUCAAUUCGUUGGGAUCAGACAUAUGACCACAGGCACCCAUUACACCAUCACGGGAUCUGAGUAUCCCGACAUCGAGGAUCUUCGCGGAUUGGUCGGCUUCCUUAGCAACCCAAAUUUCAUGUUAAACGCAGUGGAAGAGAACCGUGUCCUCGAGAUGCUAAGGAUAUUGCUGUCUUCGACCUGA